AAAUCAUAACAACAACAAACUCGAAUCAGCACGUGCAGCUCUGUUCGCGAGCGAAAAUCGUUGAAAUUUCUGGAAAACUAACUUAUUUCACGGAUAUCCUUGUAAUGCCAAGCUGAAAUGGCACAGAAAACGGACCAGAAGUUUGCCGAUCUCGGCCUCAAACCAUGGAUAACGAAACAGUUGGAGAAGCUGGGUCUUCGCCGUCCCACGCCCAUCCAGCAGACCUGCAUACCGCGCAUUCUGGACGGCCAGGACUGCAUCGGAGCGGCCAAAACGGGUUCGGGAAAGACGUUCGCCUUUGCGCUUCCCAUCCUGCAGCGGCUGAGCGAGGAACCGACGAGCAACUUCGCGCUCAUCCUGACUCCAACGCACGAGCUGGCCUACCAGAUAGCGGAACAGUUUUCGGUGGCCGGUCAACCGAUGGGGGUGAAGGUUUGCGUGGUCACCGGCGGGACGGACCAGCUGCUGGAGGCGCAACGGUUGCAGGCGCGGCCGCACAUUGUGGUGGCGAUGCCGGGCCGGUUGGCGGCCCAUUUGACUGGGUGCAACACGUACUCGUUCCGGGCGCUGCAGUUUCUGGUGGUGGACGAGGCGGACCGGGUGCUGAGCGGGAGUUUCGACGAGGAUUUGGAGGCGAUUAAGCGGUUUCUGCCGGAGAAGCGACAGAAUUUGUUCUUUUCGGCGACUUUGAAGGAGUUUAUGAGGGAGAGUAGCGUGUUUCCGAUUGCGGGGGGUGCGUUUGAGUGGUCGGAGGAGAGUGAGGUGGCCACGGUGGAGACGCUGGACCAGAGGUACAUUUUGUGUGCGGACUACGAUCGGGACAUGGUGCUGAUUGAGACGCUGAGGAAGUUUAAGGAGGAGAAGGAGGAUGCUAAUGUGAUCAUUUUUACAAAUUCGAAGAAGGAUUGCCAGGUUUUGUCGUUGACGUUGAACAAGAUCGGGUUCGAUAACGUUUGUUUGCACGGGUUUCUGCGGCAGAAGGAACGAGUGGCGGCGUUGAAUCGGUUCAAAUCGAAGCACGUGAGAAUCUUGAUUGCCACAGAUGUGGCAAGUCGUGGCUUGGACAUCCCGAAUGUUCAGCUGGUGUUGAACCACCGAUUGCCCAAGGUUCCGAACGAGUACAUUCAUCGGGUCGGUCGCACGGCACGAGCCGGCCGGAAAGGCCUUGCGAUUUCAAUUUUCCGAUUCCCGCGAGAUUUGGAAUUUCUGGGGGAAAUUGAAGCGCUCAUCAACACGAAGCUAACGGAACAUCCGGUGGACCAGCGCCUCGUUGAGCGCAUCUUCAUGCAGGUCAGCGUGGCCAGGCGCGAAGCGGAAAUGAACCUGGACAACAAGGACUUUGACGAGCGGAGGCACAACUACCGGCGCAAGAAGUGGCUCGAGCAGGGCUUGGAUCCGGACGAGAUGGAUGCCAAGUGGAAGCGCGAACAGGAGCAGCGGAAGAUUGAGCGGAAGGAGCGGCUGCGGAGGGAGAACGAGAUGAGGAAAGAACACGGCGAACGGCUCGGAUUCGUGGUGAAAGAUGACCGCUUCAAGGAUGCUGUUGAGAGCAAAAAGUUUAAGAAGCGAAAGUUUGUCGAGACGGACAAGCUGGACGAGUUGGUGCAGAAGAAGAAAGUGGAAGGGAAGGUUGGUAAAAAGGGUAAACUAAAGAAGGUUAAGAAAUAAAGUUCAAAUUGUUUCUCACA